AUGUUUUUCCUGUUUCCUGUCAGGUCCGACGACCUCAUUUUAUCCAGGCUACGCACCUUGGAAAAGUGCCUCGUUUGCACUGCCUUGCUUCGCUGUGAACUUCGAGUGUCUCAGCUCAACUGGCUGCCCAGUUUAUACUGGUCAGCGGAGCUUUGUUUCAAUCCCCACUGCGCACUCCACUUCAACUUGAACAUUUCACUGAACCACCACUACCAUUGCCAGAUCUUCCUGCUCUAUUCAACGUUCUUGACUUCCGAGAUUAAGCUGUUCUUUUGCACUGUGCUCUCUGACGAGCUCUUUGACCUUGACGAGCUCUUUGAACCUUGCACUGUGCUCCUUGGCGAGAUCUUUGUCCUUGCUGAGCCCUUCACUGGUUUUGACCUGCACUGGCAGUAUCUCUUCGAGCUUGUGCCAUCUGCGCCUUGCCUCUUGAACUAUGUCGAGCUCAGGUUCAACCACGCUGGACUCCAACUUCACGAAGAUGAUCGACGACCUGGUGCUGGCCGCUUCUUCAGAAACAAGGCCUUUGCAGCCCAGGAUGAUGAGACCUACGAUGACACAGAUGCCUAUGAUGAUGGCUACUACGAGUACGAUGAUGGCUAUGCAGCUACUGAGUACGACUUUGAAACUGAACUUGCAGACCAGGUCCCCUACUUUGACCUCAAGCUCAACGAACCGACAAUGGACCCACCAAUGGGAGAUGCUGUGGACCUGACCGUCUACGAGAAGGAAGAAGGUGCCAUGACUGCAGGCGAGCACUCUGCUCCACCUGAACCUGGCUCUCGAGCCGUCUUGAACAAGCACUGGAAGAUGUUUGAGAAUGCCAUGACCUCUGAGAUUGGCAAGUCUUCUGAGCCUCUGGCUGACAACUUCCAGACUGCCAAGGACGUGGUGCAGCAACUCAGAUCUCGAGGUGUCACUCGCUACUUGGAUCUCAACGUCCUCAACAAGAGACGCUUGGAAGAUGUGGGCACUGAUGAAGAGGUUCUUGAUGACGGCAAUUCAGAUCUUGAACAACCUGCUCACCGCCGUCGUUUGCUUGACUCCACCCUGAUCGAAAGACCUCCAAUUGCUGACGAGGAGUACUCACCCUCCAUCCUCCAAGAAGAUGAGGACCUUGACGCCCCUGAUCUUGGUGAGCAUGGUUCCACACCAUAUGCUGAACCACCAUCCAAUGAGUCUGCCAACAACUUGGAAGACAGCCCUUUUGCCUUUGAGAUUGAAGACAUGGAGAUCAAUGCCUUACCACCUGGAUGGAAGCUCGAGAAUGGCUACAUCACUUUGGAUGACAAGACCCGUGACCACUGGGAACUUCGAGCUGGAUGUCUCAUUCGACAUCAUGCCAUUCCACGACGAGCUCUUUUUGAUCCUCGAUCUCUUUCUGCCCGCGACUUGCAACACUUGCCGGUGCCUUUGGAUUGCCUAGAUCCUGUGAGAGUCACCGUAUGCAAGUCGGACGAUGGCAUCAACCACUACUCCGACAAGAUUUCAGAAGAUGCACAUGAUGAUGAGGCUCCAGCUACCAAUGCUGAUGAGAACAUGACUGUGGAGCCCUAUGUGACUGAUCCCAACCUAACGUUUGAGAAUGCCCAGCUCUCUGUAGAUGCCGAUGUGACACUGCAUGUCCAGACCCCGGAAGAUGUGCGCUUCAUGGAAGCGAUCUAUGACAUUGAAACCAAUGCAGCCCAUGGCGAGCCCUUUGUUCUACCGAAUAACCGGGUCCCUGUAGAGGCCUACUCCUUGAGCCAUGGCGGCGCUGGUGCUAUGCUGAAGUAUGUCUUCAUGGCCACUGCGUUUUGCACUGCUGAAUCCGUUGAACUGGAGGUCCAAGACCAAUGCAGUGCCGAUGAUGCGCCACUGACUGCGACAGCACAAUCAAUUUGGGUUUCAAUGCUGAUAGUUUUUCUGGCCCUUCUUCUGGGUCUUUUGUUUCACUACGUGGUCUCCAAACAGUUGAAGGAGGAAGUGAGAUCUCUUAGAGAUGCCAACGCCCAACUGCUUCGAGGCCAAACCAAUAUGGAGCUCACCAACCGCCAGUUGAACACAGAAAACCGGCGAUUGAGAAGCACCUUGAUUGACCGUGAGUUGGUCAUUGACAACAACCAAGAGUUGCGAGAACAAGAACGACAAGAUGAUCGAAAUACCAUACGACGUGCCAGCGGUAUCCUUGACCGCGCCUUGACUGAGACUUGGAACUUGAACCAGUUCCAGCUGUGUUUUGCCACGACUGGCAGAUGCUGGCAUGCAGACGCCAACUGUGCCGGUCUGGUGAAUGCAAAUCGCGUUGAGGUGCGAGACGCUUGCACCUUUUGUUUGAGUCACUGCCUUCCACCAUGGAUUCCUGACCAGACUUUUGGCGCUACUUUGAAAGAAGAGAUUGAGAGAUUCUGGCAAGAUCAUGGAAGAGUAAACUAUGUGGAUUCGAUCAUUCACUGA